AUUCGCAAUGAGCAAAGUUAGCGGUUCUGCCGUCAGAGAGACCGUCCGUGCCAUCAAGGCCGGAUGCGAAGAGAAGAAGCGUAACUUCACUGAGACCAUCGAACUCCAAAUUGGUUUGAAGAACUACGAUCCCCAGAGAGAUAAGCGUUUCUCUGGCUCCAUCAAGCUCCCCAACAUUCCCCGCCCCAACCUUUCCGUCUGCGUUCUCGGUGAUGCUUUCCACUGUGACCAGGCCAAGGCUGCCGGUAUGGAGUUCCAGUCUGUUGACGAUUUGAAGAAGUUGAACAAGAACAAGAAGCAGAUCAAGAAGCUCGCCAAGAAGUAUGAUGCUUUCGUCGCUUCCGAGGCUUUGAUCAAGCAGAUUCCUCGUCUCUUGGGUCCCGGUCUUCACAAGGUCGGUAAGUUCCCUACCCCCGUCUCCCACGCCGAUUCCUUGACCGAUAAGGCCAACGAGAUCCGUGCCACCAUCAAGUUCCAGUUGAAGAAGGUUCUCUGUCUCGGUGUUGCUGUCGGUCACGUCCAGAUGACUGAGGAUGAGUUGCUCGCCAACAUCAUGCUGUCCAUCAACUUCUUGGUUUCCCUCUUGAAGAAGAACUGGCAGAACGUCAAGUCUUUGUACUUGAAGUCCUCCAUGGGCAAGCCCCAGCGUUUGUUCUAAGCUCUUUAUCUUACAUAUUCGAUUGUUACGCGUAACAAGUAUCCAUUUUUACUCUGACGGUGUACCAAGGCUCUGGACAUAGGUGCCAGAAUCAUUGGGAGCUCGGAACUUUCGAUUUGUUUGUAUAAUAAUAAUAAAAGCUUUUUGUAAAAAAACAAUUACUGUGU